AUGAGUGCCAGAAAACUACAGCAGGAGUUUGAUAAGGUCAAUAAGAAGAUUGCCGAGGGUCUUGCGGCGUUCGAUGACACCAAGGAGAAGAUGCAAAGUUGUGAAGUUCCUUCACAAAGAGACAAGUUGGAGAAUGACUUGAAGAAGGAGUUGAAGAAACUACAAAGGUCGCGAGAUCAGUUAAAGAUAUGGUUGGGUGAUAGUAGUAUAAAACUAGACAAAUCUUUACUACAAGAAAAUCGAACAAAGAUCGAACACUCUAUGGAUAUAUUCAAGGAGUUGGAAAAGUCAUCCAAAAUCAAGCAAUUUUCAAACGAAGGGUUAGAGCUACAACGAGAGAGCAAGAAGCUGUCACGUUUUGGAGAUGUAGAGAAACUACAAGAGGCAUGCGAUUACAUUUCAGGAGUGAUUGAGCAGUUGAACAACCAGAAUGAAGAAUUGGACCAGGAGUUGGAUUCACUUGGAACUCAACUGAAAAAAAAAGGUGGCUAUUCUCUACAAGGUUCGAUAGAGGAUCUCAAGUACAAGAUAGACCGAAAUAACACUCACAUUGAGAAGUUAGAAGAGGUUUUGGAUAAUUUAGAGAAUGACAAGUUAGAUCCUGCCAAAAUUGAUGAUAUCAAGGAUGAUCUAGAUUACUAUGUUGAGAUGAACCAAGACGAAGAUUAUGUUGAGUAUGAUGAAUUUUACGAUCAGUUGGAAGUUGCUGAUGACGAAGAAGAAGAGUUGGAAGUGGAAGGAAGUUUGGCACAAAUGGCUGCAGAAUCGUUUGAAGAAGAGGAAAGAAAGAGAUUGGAGCUCCAACAAUUGGGAACCCAACAGCCAGAAGCCACGAGGGCAAGCCAAUCUUCUGCAUCCUCAUCCACGGCACCGCCACCGCCACGCCAAGCAAAAUCCGGAUCUGUGUCGUCAUCCUCGGAUGCUCAUUCACACGGGCAACAUCAUGCAAACACGACUACCGGUAGUGUGAAAGCUGAAGUGCUGGCAAAUGGUACUGUUGCUACUACUACUACUACUACACCAGUAAAGAAAGCCAAGCCAAUGAAUGUGGUGCCAGCACCUCCCCCACCGCUCACCAGUACUGUUUCUUAUUCAAGUGCGAUCAAAGCUGCACAAGCAGCCAAUGCUCAGGAAUCAACCGCUUCGUCUGUACCAAAUAAUAUGCCCAGUGCAAACAAUACUCCAAAGGUUAACAAUGAUGUACCUCUUGCUAAAGCGUUGGCGUCUACUACUUCCAGUACACCUAUCAAAGCACCACCCCCAGGUUUGAGUCAGCCACUUUCAUCUGUGAGGUCGCAAUCUGCGUCCCCACUUACGAGUGACUCUAACUUAAACGACAUGGAUCAGCGAGCAUCGCAGCAAUUAAAGAAGAAGUUAUCAAAUACUUCACAAGCGUCAUCGGCUUCUAAUUAUGAUUCUGGUUUGGGUGACUCAUUCAAUUUGUUGAUGAAUAUAACCAGCAGUCGAUUAAAUGAUCCAUUACCCAUUCAAUCUGUUGGCAAUUUGCUAGAGACAUCAUUGUUAAACUGUCCUGAUUCAUUUGAUGCAGAAAAACCACGUCAAUAUGUGCCAUUGAACGUUCAUCCGUCGCUGAUUGAUUACCCUCAAGAGCCAAUGUUUGAAUUGAAUUCUGCACACUAUAUGCUGAGAUUUGAUGAUGACACAUUGUUCUUUUGCUUUUACUAUAGUGAAGGUAUUGACAACUUUGCUAAAUUCAAUGCAGCAAAUGAGUUGACGAAAAGAGGUUGGGUAUUUAAUACUGAAGUCGGUCAAUGGUUUUCCAAAAAGGAGACCAAACCUUCUGGAUCAAAGAGAUUGCUGAUGUUGCUUCAAAAGGAAGACUCUGUAGAACCUCAAGGUGAAGUUAAUGGUGAUGCUCCAUUUAAGAAAUACUUUGAUGAAAAGACAUGGCUCGUUAGAAAUGCAAACCUGAAGAAAGUAUAG